AUGAACAUCAUCAUAACCUUACUUUUGUGUUUUUGUUUUGGUAUUGAACAACCACAACAAAACCAAGCCGUUGUAGUUAACUUAUCAAGGUAUUGGUUAAAUUAUAGACAUACUAAUAGUGGAGUAUUAAUAUAUAAUACAUUAAAGAGAUUAGGAUAUUUAGAUGACCAAUUAUUAUUUUUUAAUGCUGAUGAUCAUGCGUGUCAUCCAAGAAAUAUAUUUCCAGGAGAGAUGAGAUUAAAUACAAACAUGCCGAAUAUUUAUAAAGAUAUUAUUAUUGAUUAUAAGGGAAGAGAUGUUAGUAUUGAAAAAUAUAUGAGAGCAAUGCUUGGAAGAGAUGUUAAAGGAACUCCUGAUAGUUUAAGACUUGUAAGAGGAGAAAGGACAUUUAUUUAUUUAAUUGGACAUGGAGGAGAAGGUUUUAUGAAGUUUCAAAAUAGAGACGAAAUUACAUCAUAUGAUAUAGAAUAUAUGUUUAAAGAAAUGGAAAUUAUGAAACGAUAUAAAGAAGUCAUGUUCAUAGUUGACACUUGUCAAGCUACAAGUUUAAGUGAUAGAAUUAAAGCAAAAAAUAUUAUUACAGUUGGAAGUAGUGUAACUGGUCAAUCAAGUUAUUCUGGUUAUAUUUCAAAUGAAAUUGGUGCUAUUACUUCAGACCUAUGGGACCAACAUCAGGAUGUAUUAUUCCAGCGUUCAUUAAACAAAGAAAGUAAUAUGACUGUUCAAGAUUAUUUAAAUUAUUUUAAUAAAAAUAUGCUUAAAAGUAAUCAUGGAUGGAGAAGUGAUUUGUUUAAUCGUCCAUUAGAUCAAGUCAAAAUGACUGAUUUCCUUGCUUAUAUCCCUCAAUCAGUUGAUGUUAAUUUAAAUGAAAUACCAUGGUCGGAUAACAUUUUUAAUUAA